AUGAACGAUUUAUCUCCAGUAGAAAAGAAUCAGCAGCCUCUGCAAGCGCUUCAUGAAGAUCGAGGAAGUUCCGAGUUUAUAACGUUCCAUAAGCCGGGACAAGUAUCCAAGGAAACUAUUGGAUAUGGAAAUGGUUCCAACGUCACCGAAGAGAAGAACAAUAACACUAGCCCCUUUUCAGGGUCAACCAUUUUUGGUGAACCAAAGAAUUUGAACAUGAAUGAAAUGGGUGACAAUUUGGAACUUCCAACCGGGACCGGGAACAACCAUUACGACCCAUCGUCAUCGCCCUCGUCAUUAGAAGAUGAACUCCUAUUCUUCAAUUACCACGAGUACUCUGUACAGAAGUAUGAAUGUUUAGAAACUGGUGUUUACGCUCAGCACAGCCACCCAUUAACGAUUACUCACUUUCCGAAUCCAUAUGUGGAAUUCCAAUCCAAACAAUAUAGAAGUACGAGAAUUGUACGAAUACCUAGGAUCUUCAAUAAAGUAAUUGCUAAUACGUAUCCUCAAUUUUCCACGACGAUUCCAGGAUUUGAACCUGCAGCCUUGAUUGAUCCAAAACAUUCGACAGAUCAACUAACCAACGUUAAUAGUUUUAUUCCAAAAGGUAUUUAUCAAGGACAAUUGUUUGGAUAUUCGUCAGUCUCUCCCUUGUCACAAUACUUGACGGUGGAAGAGUUUAAAGAGAUUGUGGAGAGAGUCAAUGAGUUCAUGAAAAACGCAUUCGAUCCUUUGACUGUGUUGAAUAUAAUCAAUAACAUAUUGAAUUUUAUGACAAUCUGGACAUGGGAAAGGAUCAUAAGAAGCCCAUCAAAAGCUUGUUUGGAUCGUUUAGAGGCAUUUAUCGAGGAUUUGAAUAAUAAUCAACUCAAGACGAAAGAUAUAAGGAUUAUAAGUCCCAGAAGAUCAGGAUACAUUUGUCUUGAUUUUGAAAUUCCCAAGCCGGUAAUACCAUAG